AUCCCAAUCAGGGCUCACUGGCGGCAGGUCAUUCAUGGAGUGGAGAAAUCGGGAUACCGAAGGAUGUUAUGAUGAAUGCACUGGCACAGUCUCGAGCCGGUAUGAAAAUGUCCAUCCUGCCCGACAAGGAUGAACUGAAUACAAAAGAACUUGCGCAACGAGUGAGUGCUGAACUCAAGCGUUACAGCAUCCCGCAAGCUGUCUUUGCUCAGCGCGUCCUCUGUCGAAGUCAGGGCACCUUGUCCGAUCUAUUGCGGAACCCUAAACCAUGGAGCAAACUAAAAUCUGGAAGGGAAACCUUUCGC